GCUUUGCUUAAAUGUUCGCCUCCCGGGGCUUCGAAGGCUUCCAAGAGGAGCAGUCCCCAGCUUUGCUCUCCGACCUCUCUGGCAUGGAGUCGGCACCUAACAACGACCCUGGGACUGGGGCUGUGAAGGAGAAGCUCCGGGAGAAACUCCGGGGGCCAGAGGGCAGCCGAGGUGGCAGCCGGGGCAGCUAUAAUCCCCUGCAGUACCAGGUGGCACACUGCGGGCAGAUGGCUGUGCACCUGCCUCCGACCUUGACGGCACCAGGCCAGCCCCUGUGUGUCCCCGAGGCCCCCUUGGCCACCACUGUGCCCCCUGUGCACCUGCCCCCAACCCUGACGGCACCAGGCCAGCCCCUGGGCGUCCCCGAGGCCCCCGUGGCCACCAUCGUGCCCCCCAACAGCCCCCUCAAGGCGCCCUCCCCGGCUGACCCCUCGCAGGAGGACAAGGAGGAAGUGAAGGACAGCCUGGAAUACCGGCUGCGGCGGGAGCGCAACAAUAUCGCCGUGCGCAAGAGCAGGGACAAGACCAAGCGGCGCAUCCUGGAGAUGCAACAGUACAUGGCAGAAAAUGAGCAGCUGCGCAGCCGCGUGAGGCAGCUCACGCAGGAGCUGGAUAUCCUGCGCAGGUGUUUGAAAGCUAUUAUAAAUUUGUUGUCAUUGGUCAGUACAGAAAUUAAAAGUUAAGGACAUAAAAGAAAAGAGUAUCGUUGGUAAAAAGGGCUAAAGGAAAGGACA